GGCAGCGAGGGGCGGCGGGGACCCGGCACCGGGCGGGGCCGGCGGCGGCGACCAUGAUCGCUUUGUUCAAUAAGCUGCUGGACUGGUUCAAGGCCCUGUUCUGGAAGGAGGAGAUGGAGCUCACGCUGGUGGGGCUGCAGUACUCGGGCAAGACCACCUUCGUCAACGUGAUCGCGUCCGGGCAGUUCAAUGAGGACAUGAUCCCCACCGUGGGCUUCAACAUGCGCAAAAUCACCAAAGGGAACGUGACCAUCAAGCUCUGGGACAUCGGCGGACAGCCCCGAUUCCGCAGCAUGUGGGAGCGCUACUGCCGAGGAGUGAGCGCCAUCGUGUACAUGGUGGACGCUGCCGACCAGGAGAAGAUCGAGGCCUCCAAGAAUGAGCUCCACAACCUCCUGGACAAACCUCAGCUGCAGGGCAUCCCAGUCUUGGUCCUGGGCAACAAGCGAGACCUCCCAGGAGCACUGGAUGAGAAAGAGCUGAUUGAGAAAAUGAAUCUGUCUGCCAUCCAGGACCGAGAGAUCUGCUGCUACUCCAUCUCCUGCAAAGAAAAGGACAACAUCGACAUCACCCUACAGUGGCUUAUCCAGCACUCAAAGUCACGGAGAAGCUGAGACCGCAGCCCUCCUCCCGCCCCAGGGACCGUGGUCAUGAAAACCUGAAGCCGAGCUCCCCGCCCAUCCCCGCCCCCCCACGCCCACCCUGCCUCCCUCAGUGUGGGGGGGGCCCUGUGGGCUCCCAGAGUCCUGUUCUGCUGAGGUCUGAACUCCUGUUUUUAUUGUAAAAUAAAUUGCCCCCCUUCUGGAGCCCUCGCCUCCGCUGCCAUCAUCCCUUCCCCCAGUCCUGUUCCCCCCCACCCACAGCCCAGGCUCCCAGCCCGCACUGCUCGCCUGUCCCAUCCCCCACUUCCCUUGGCAACACUCUCUGUUCUUGUCCUGUGUGUACAGUAUAUAUAUGUAUAUAUAUUUUAAUUUUUUAAUUUAAGCAAAGACUAAAAUCAGCCAUUUGAUGCUGCAGGGGCCACGUUGGACCGGGGUGGGGGGGUGCAGUCUGGAGAGGAGAAAGGAGAUGUAGGGCCGGCCCGGGGCGCGUUCAGGUCGGGAGAGGUGGCGGCUGGCACGGGGGGGGGGCAGGGACUGCCCUUCCCCCGGCCCUGCCUGUUCCUGCCCCAGCCUGGCCCAGCCCCUCGGUGCUUGAAUGGCACCAGCUUGGCAGCGUCUGCAGGAGCCUCCUGUCCACACCCAGCCUUGGGGGCGGCCACGGAGCACAAGCAGGUGCCGGAGGCCCCACCCUACCCCGGCCUGAGGGGCCGGAGCCAGCAUCCACCCCGCCCAGCACCUCCCUCCCGCCUGGCCCUGGCCCCCGGCUCUGUGGCCUGCCUCGUUUUCUGUUCUCGUUUCGCAGAGUUGCACAAGGAGAGAACUCAGCAUAGGGGGCUGGUCCUUUGGGUUUUGUUUGUUCGUUUGUUUAAUUUAAUGAUUUGUAAAGUGAUGUUCCUCUUCCUUUUUUUACACUUUUCAGCUCACAUUUAACCUCUGUUGGGAAAACGAUCUUGUAACUGUACAUUUUUUUGCCUCCUAAUAACUACAGAAACAAAAUAAAUGACCGAUUUUGUGUUG